GGUCGUUGUGCAUAGCUGCUGUUGCUGGUGGCUUUGUGCGAGCCGGUCACGCAUACAUAUGCAUCCAUACAUACAGCGGCGUAUAGACAGGUUGUGUGCGCUUACGGGUCGGUCGGUUCGCGGUCGCGCUCGCGUCGUCGUCGGGUCGGGCGUUCGCGUGUUGCGCGCUGCCGCACCGUACGCCGUCCGCUCGACGCGGCACGCCGUCGCGCACCCAUUGGUCGAUAGAGCAGCGUGCAGCCGCGAUCGGAACACGUGACGGCCGGGUACGGCGGCGCGCACACGUCGCAGCCAGUCGGGCAGCGCAGCACCACCAGCAGGCGGAUUGCAUUUCCUCCUUGGUGUGUUGUCCGAUAUUUUGCGCCUUCGCGUCGUCUCGUGGUGAUGCGAAACAGCGGAGCCGCCACCGGCGCGCACGCUGCGAAUCAACAGUCGAUUGCGCCGCGCUGCUGCUUUGUUGUUUUGGUGUGUGCGACGUGCGUGGUGCCGGCGGCGCGCCCCUCGCCGCUUCUUUGUUCGGCGUAGUUACGCGCCACGCAACAACAACGUCACAACGACAAAGAAGCGCGCGGAAACAUCCAACGCAACCAGCAGAGAAAAAAACACAUCAUCUUGUUUUGUUAAUCUACUAGUUUUGCGAUAAAAUGGCAGCCGCAGCACACGCACUGCGCCGGCGAUCAAUUCGAAUUGGACACGUAGCAGCGUACUAGCGCGUUAACGAUGCCGAAGAUGUCGAAGCUCGACACGCUGAUUGCCGCCGCCAACUUCAUCGAGGAGCACGAGCAUAAGCUGCUUGCGUCUCCGCAGCAGCAGCAACAGUCGACCACGACGCCGGUGGUGCCCGCCGCUGUGCUUCAACCGACGGCGGCGCCACUGUCGCAUGUUCAGACACCGCCGGCCGUUGUGUUGCAUCAGGUGCUGCAACCGGCGCUUGCGCCGAUACAGCAUGUGACUAUUCAGCAUGCGCCUGCCAAUGGGCACAUCAUCACUGCUCAGCCGGUUAAUACUAUUCGUAUUCAUCACAAGAAAGAUGUAGUUAAUGUGGCGGCGGCGCCGGGCGUCAAUCGCCUAGCGGUGAUGAACAGCUUUGACUUGAUCAAUCCGGCGGUAAUUGAUCAGGGCUCAGGUGAAGUGAAGCGCAAGCAGCCGCCGAUGGCGUUUCGCACCGGCACGCGCGAAGUACACAAUAAACUCGAGAAGAAUCGGCGCGCGCAUCUCAAGGAUUGUUUCGAGGAGCUCAACUCAAUCCUGCCGAAUGCGCGUGAUGCCGCCGCGAAGAAGACAAGUAACUUGCAGAUUCUCGAUUCUGCGCUCAAAUAUAUCGGCGUGUUGAAAACUGAAGAAGCGGAUCAUGAACAGCUUCUCGAGCAGCUCGCCAAGGAGAAGAUUAGGUUGAAGCAGCGCUACAGCAACCUGAGGAAGGAGAUUAAAUCUCUGUUUAACGUUGACGUGCCGGAUGCACCCGAAGAGAACAUGCGCAAGCGCAGAAAGGAGAAACGUGACGCGGUGACCACAACCAAUGUGUCAACAACAUUAACGACGACAGCGCCACAGGCAGUGGUGGCAGUUGCAUCACCUACCACGGUGGUUGACCGCGUGUCGGAAGCAGCGACACCGCUCACCGCCGGCACGACAACAACUGUCGCGCCUGCUGCUGCUACUGCUGCUGCAGCCACCACCGCCACGAUGGUCGGCAAUGUGCUGAAGCUACCGAAAAGUAUUACCGCGGCGGCGGCAACGGCCGGGAAGGACGUAAGCGAGGGCGGCGCCAUCACCUUCGCCGGCUAUCCGCUCGCGGCGGGCAACGGCAGUCUGGUGCUCGUGCCGAAGACGCUCGAUCCGCACCAGCAUCAGCAGCUGACGGCGCAGUUCGUCUCGGCGCACCACCACCAUCAUCAUCAUCACGCCGCCGCCGAUGCCAAGGUGAUUGUCAACGCGCAGUACGUCGUCAAGCCGCUAGUUGUCGUCAGCACGCCGUCGCGGCCCAGCUAAUCCACCCACCACACACACACACACACACACAACACACGCUAACACUUGUAUAUACUAACCAACCAACCAACCAGAGAGAACGAUGCGACAGAAUCAAGGCACAUAUUUAUUUAAUUCAUAUAUAUUAUAUAUUAUAUAUACAUUUACUUUCACGAUAUUAUUUAUUAGCGAGCGCGCGCGCAUCCGAUUUGUUGGCGAAAUUUGUUACGAGAGUACAUACACAUACAAACACACAGAGACACGCCCAGAGCGAGCGAUGGAAAUUGUGGGAACAAAAGUGAUAUAAAAUAUUAUUAUAUUAAUUAUAUAAUUGUAUAAGAUUAUAUUUACAUUUUUUAUCGAUUAAUUCUAUUUUCAUUUUUGUCAAAUAUCAGAGGGAACGAAUGAUGCGCAAACAGAAAAACAUUUAAAACUAAACAGAUAUCUAAUAGCAUUGUGUAUAGAUAAGCUAAUGCAAAACAAAAAAAUAUUACUAGUAGCAAGAAAAGAUCUCGUCAUAAAUGAAAAAUAAAACUAAAUCAAAGCGAA